GCCGCAACGGCGACAUCUCAGAGACGGGUGGUGAGAGCAUGGCGGAUUUGUGGGCGUCGUACCACAGCGCGCUCGGGCUCGGCAGCAAGCCGCCCAAGCCGCCUACACCACUGACCACUGGUCACUCGAGUCCGAUCCACGUUGGUUCAGCGACUCCUGUAGAGCCAGGGUCUACGCAUGAUGAGACAUCGUCUUCGGAUCGUACGAAGGAUGAUGACGAUGCUGGUGCUUCUGAUGACGACAGUGAUGAUAGAGUCGACCCGCAGCAUCAUGAUCCUGAGCGACUGAAGGCUUUUAAUAUGUUCGUCCGUCUAUUCGUGGACGAGAAUUUAGACAGGAUAGUUCCUAUCUCGAAGCAGCCGAAGGAGAAGAUCCAGGCGAUCAUAGACUCGUGCACUCGACAGUUCCCAGAGUUCGCCGAGCGAGCGCGCAAGCGCAUCAGGACUUACUUGAAGAGCUGCAGGCGGAAUAAGAAGGUCCGCGGUGAUAUACCCACCUGCGGGAAUGGAGGGAGCACUCCAGCAUCAGGCAGCGCCUGGGAUACAGCGGUGAGGGUUCGAUCUGCUGCAAUAUUGUGUUUAUUACUACUGAGCCUACUUUCGAGCAUAUUUUUGUCUUUCACAGUACUCUUGUUUUUCGAUGGUGAAUUAUUAAAGAAUCGCAAAUUUAAAAUCAUUAUUCAACAGGCGAUAGACACAACAGCGACUUCGGCUGUCGCUUCAUCGUUCCUGAGCCUGUACAGCGGCGCCAUGAGCAGCCCCGCCUCCACCGUGGCCAGCAGCACCACCACAUCGCUCUCAGGGUUGAAGGCGGCUGCAGACACCACGCGGCCCUCCGCUAGCCCCACCAUGGACGCAGCUCUGAACAAUAACUCGCUCAAGAUCGACAAUGCUAACGGGAAUACGGGCAGUAAGACUGCCAGUCCCGCGUCAUCGCCCGCACCUCUUUUCAGAACUUCGUUCCCGACCACGUUCGGCACACCGCAGACGUUCGGCAGGCAAAAUACUACGACUAACCCGGCGACUGCCUUGUCGAGCAGCGCUCUGCUGUCCACACUGACUGCUCUGCCGCCAACUGGCGUGGGUGUGAACGCGGCGAUGGCUGCGUACCAGAGCGCUCUGCUGUCCGCCAUGGCUGCGCACACGCACACCUUCCCCACCAGCCUCAGUGCCCCAACAGAUUUGUCUUUGAAAACCACGUCGACCCCGACUCCGCUGCACGUGACCACUGCUUCAUCGCUCACCGGAACAACCUCCACCCAGUCCAAGUCCAACCUGCUGUCCCACAAGCUGUCUGGAGCCGAAGUGGGUGCUGUACGACAGCUCAUCACCGGCUACCGCGAGUCUGCUGCCUUCCUGCUGAGAUCCGCCGAUGAGCUCGAGGCUCUCCUCCUGAACCAACCCUAGGAUACAGCCAAGCCGAUGACGGACAUAUUUGGAUUCAAAUUCGGAUAUUUCUAGAACAUUCGGACCCAAAUUGUGAAGUGUGAGGUGUUGGUAUGUUAUGUUUAUGGAUUGCAUUGGAUUGUUUUAUGUUUUGGUAUGGAAAUUGUGAUGUUCCGAAUGAUUUUGGUGAAUUUAUUUGUCCGUUUUCGAUGAAUAUUGCGAAUCAAUUAUCGAAAUUACUUGGACUGACGUUGAAAAUAUGCCAAUUUUUGACUUUGACAUUUUUUUAUUGAAUAGACAUAGAGUUCAUUUUGCAAUAGCACCGGGUAGUAAUAUGAAUAUUUCAAUGCAUCGUAGUUAAUUCAAUUUUUGCCAUAGUCACUGCUUAUACUGUGUAACUCAAGUCAUUAUUUAUUUUAUGUUGGCAACAUUAAUAGUCGCAUACGGUGCUCACAAUAUAUUUCUUAAUGUUGCCAACUUAAAACUUGUCCAUGUAUAUUACGAGUAAUUAAAUUUCUACUAAAGUCUUUUGGCACUGUUGUCAAUACUUGUCAAAAUUAAAUUGACGUGAAUUUCGGCAAUGAUGCCAUGAGUGUUGCCAUUUGAAACUCGUUGGAAGAGUACAAAAUUAUUUUUGUGUAUAUUUUAGGAUGUAAGAGAAAAAAAUCAGGGAGAUUCUAGUUCUAGAUUUUAAAAAUUCUUGCCUGGUGCGACGGUAUAGGUUAGGCAUCGAGCGUUUGAUUUCUUUUCAUGUCUCCACGCCGUUGGGGCAGCUGGGUUCAGUUUUAAGGGUCUGGUGUACCCCAUUUCCGACGAGACGUCCCGGAAGGCUCAAAAUUCAACCACGGAGCGGAUUUUACAUUCCUAUUGACCCGACAAUUGCGAGGUCCCGUGGAACCCCAGCUGUGCCAACGAAAUUUUAAAGGUAAUUUUAACAGAGUUUAAUAUAGUUUAACGUGGCAUUCUAGAUGUAAGGGGCACGAAUUUAUUUGUUAAUUUCUGUGUACUGAUAGUGCAGUAGAUGUAUUUAUGUAUUUAAUUUAUAAUUAUUUAUAAAAGUGUUUUCUUGUGAUUGGCUCCAUCCAAAUUAAAUUAAGUUUUCUUUGCUGUAACUUGUUAUAAGUAUUUUGAUGUUCGCAAGCUUAUUCAAUGAACGGUGUUUCUUUUAUACCUUUCACGCAUAUUGAAGUUGGUAUUAAAAUUGUUAUAAAUUUAUGUAUUGAUGUCAUCUCAUGUCUGUACGGGCUUGGCAACCCUAUUAUGAUAUAACAGCUAAAAUGGAAACGUUAUUCUGACCUUCCAGUCUAGGUUUUCUCAAUUGAGAAUUUAACGUAAACCAACAAAGUAAUGCGUGAAGGGACGUAUCCAGUUAACAAAUAACAUCGAAUUUGGUUCAGCAAUCUGCCCGCGUCCGUGCACGACGUGCGGUUGUAUAUCUAUUUGUUACCAUAGAUUUAUGGCCAAGUACUGUAAGUAGUAUAAGAGUUACUUGCUUAUGUACAAAUGUUCCACACUGCGUCAAAUUUUUAACAUUUUUCCCACGUUUGGCCUAAUUAUGUUCGAUGGAAGUGGAUCGAGUACGUCAUUGUUAACUUUGUUUAUUCUGGCCAGUGUUAGAUGUUUUCUAUAUUUCUGUAAUAUCUUCUUUUGUUGUUAGAAUUUUAAAUACAUUUACAAUAGAAUAAUUACGGUUACAUAAACGCUUAUUAUGUUGCUAUUAAUUUGAUUGCUCAAUUUGUGAGCGUUGUGGACGCGGCUUUAUAUUUGAAGUAGCCAAUCAGAUGUCGUUGUUGCAAUGACGUCAUGUUAUACACCAAUGAGAGCGCAGUAUUUUCUAAACGUCUCGCCACAAUGAUCACAUGAACGAGUCCGCAAACUGUAUAAUAGUUUUACAACUUUGCCAGUUUUUCUCAAUAGAAUAACAAGCUUGACGCAAAUUUCAAAAUACAUAAAAAAGAAAUUGUAAAUUCACUUUUGAAUACAAAAAUUGCCAAAGAAACGAAUUGAUUUAUAAUUGUGUGAAUGGAAUUGCUUGGUUUAGUAUAUUUUAAGCUUUUAUUGUUUUUAUAAAGUCAUUCCAAUAUUUUUCUAAAAGCGAUACUAUCGGUGCGAAGGGAGGAAACUGUGUAGUCAUUGUAAAAGAUAAAAAAUAUGUAAAAAGUAUGUUUAGAAUUAUAAAAAAAAAGUUUAGUAUAACUUGGAAGUUAAUGUUGGAAUAACGCGAAUGGUGGUAAAAAAACGUUGAGAAAAAGAAUUUGUUAGACAUUAAAAUAUAUUAUUAUUAGAGAUGUAUAAAUGGUUUACGAUUAUUAUUAUUAGUUCAGAGAAUAACAAAAUGAAGUGAAAAGAAUACAAAAUGACGAUUGUUACUAUUAACGAUAUGAGAAUUUAGUUAUAAUUUUGCAAUUUCAAAAUGUGAGUUUUACAAUUUUGAAAAAAGAAAAUAUUAAAUAUGCUCAUAUACUGA